GACUCUUAUUCUGUGUAAAUAAAUUCACGGUCCGUCGAUAUUUCUUCAGAAGAUGACGAAUAAUAAUUCUUAUGGGCCUCAGCCCAGCUCGAACUAAACGCUGAAGAACCGUUUCAAGCAGACAUUUGGCCAUUUGUAGCGAAUGCGAAACCGUAGGGAAGACUGGUAGAAACGAAAGAGAGGGAAAACCGUCAGGGCACAGAAAGGCCAGAAGUGAACAAGUAACAUGGACAUACAUCAAGUGGCGCAUAGGUGAUGGCUAUUUAUUCUUUAAUUUACUACAACCACUGCCCAUAAUUCAAUGGUAUUGCGAGCAUAAAAUUGAGGUUAAAUCUGACAAGAAGUGGAAACGACAUUCUACAGACAGUUGUGAAGCAAGUGGCACUUACGGCUCAGUAGUGACGCGGACGUCGAAAUAAGGCGUACGUCAAAAAAAAAGUGCCGAGGUCGACGCGGCUACGAAAUGGAACAGGAAAUCAGCAUUAGAAGGAGGACAGAGACAAAAGGCAAACGCCUAUUCAAAAGGACUAUAAAGGACACUCAUAAAAUGGUUGAUAAUAGACGAGGUCAGGUGCAUAUAUUGGUGACUAUUUUGGACCCCAGGCAUAACUCUCUGAAAGCAUCAAUACGUUUUGCUAAAGACAGGGGCUGACCGUGCGACAGUUGCAGAGCCGUACCGCAACAGAACAAUGGAGCUGCCCUGUUACAGCUGAGGCGGAAGAGAUGUUUUAGCCGGAAGUCGGAUACUUCUUAACACAUAAGUAUCCAGUAGUGUCCAGUGUUAAUAAACGCUAUUCAUUCACACAUUUUACUAUGUGCUAGAUGUCGUUUGAAACUGCUACUAAACUACGUAAGUCAAAGUAUGCAUUCUCUAUGGCUAGCCGUAGGUGUUCUCCUACCCAUAUUAUUCCACUAAAUGAUACUAAUAUCAGCUCCACAUGUGGACAAACAUCGUUCUAGAGUACUAUCUACGAUAUGGCUGUUAACCCAGUACUACGUGGGGCUGUACAUUCACGCGACGAUGGCUUGGUUUUAUUGUAUAAAGGGCCCGUUCCUCAAAAUGUUUGGCAUAUCAUGGUGGACCUUCAUGGACUACUACUACGAACUCUACGAACGGAUCAUGAUACUACAGGGUAUAGAGUUAUUGCGAAUCAAGCUCACCUUUCACGGCGAUUUUCCUUAUGUUCGUGGAAGGAGGGAGAAUUGUCUUAUAAUAUGCAAUCAUCAGUCUGAAUUUGACGCCUAUAUUAUGGCAGCUGCUCUAGAGAAGACUGGCAAUCUCGCCGAACAACGCCAUGUACUAAAGAACUCCGUUAAAUGGCUACCGUUCAUUGGCUAUUUUUUGCUAGAUCGGGGCUCAAUUUUUGUCGAUCGGACAAGAGUCGACUGGGACGCCUUUGACACUGUAUGCAGGCGACUUCGACGGAACAACGUACCGGUAUGCAUAACAAUCUAUCCAGAAGACACAAUCAUGAACUGGGCUUUGGAAAAUCGCGAAAUUCGGGAGAAAUCCCGCCAAAUGGCCCGGGAUCACGGCCGUGAGCCAUUUCAACACGUCCUCUUUCCCAAAUAUCGUGGGUUCUUUCGACUGCUGAGUUUAUUUAGGGAUCGGCUCGAUGCAGUAUACGACUUUACCUUUAUUCACGCCUCGACACGGGGUCCAGAUGGCCACAGGAAGCCCGCACCAGGCCUAUUCGCUGCGACGCUUCUGACCGUCUUAAAAAAAUCGCCACAGGUCGCGUCCUUCAAAACCGAGUACGCGGGUGAGGAUUCCGAUUGCGGCGAGGACCAAUUAUGCUGGUGGGAGGUGAAAAUUGCGGAGCCUAGUAAAACGAGCGAAUUUAUGUCGUCCCUUGGCCAGGAAGGCGUUGGCGCACCUUUGGUUUUGAACGAUGACCCACCGGUAAUGUCCGAAAUAGCUAAUGAUGAAGCAGACGAUCAGAGUGACGCGGGAGCCUAUGCCGUUUUAGCUCAGGCGUGGUCAAAACUGAUUGAUGACAUCCAAGAAGGCGUAGACCAAAUCAAGGCCAAGAAGUUCUCUAAGUGGUCAUGCUUUUUGACAACAUCGGUUUUGCUCUCGGCUGCUCCCUGGGUUUUCGCGAUUGGCUCUUUAAUAUUUGCAAAGCAAAAAUCUACGCGCGGGGGUGGUGUCAGAUUGAAAGGAGAAACUCUUUCCGGUGGCGGAGUCUACGGAGCAGUAUUGACGGAUGUUGAAGUCGAUGACGCCACCGAAUCGCGCCAGGCCAGCUGGACAACUCCCCCGAUGCAUCGGGAAGUUCAGGGCGACCACCGUUACAAAUCCAGAACCCCGAGUCCGAACCCCCCUUCAUUACAUCAUGGCGUUGAACCAAACAACCUGUUGUCAAGAACUGACGUAGAGUACUAUGACGUUGAAGGAAUGUUAAAUGAUGUCCCGUACUACGAACCGCACCUCCCGGAACAACGUCAUUAGAUGCUAAACUGCGGUUCAAUUGAUGCAGCUGACCAUUCAAUGUUCAAUGGAAUAAAUAUAGGAUACUAUUGUCGUCACACAUGUAAAUCAAUUGCUGGUGGGCUCUUCGUUUCCAAUGUAUAUUUGCCAGUGAAUUAAAACACAUUUUGUGAUGCAUUGCACUUGCUACGGAGUGGCUAGUGGUGCUUCCAAGAACGGUAACGUACAACAGACGUGUGAUUAAAUGCUCCGUCUUCCCCAUCUGUUGAAGCACGUUAUCAUAGAUAAGUAGUUGUCGGAAGACCUUCGUGAAUUUUUAAAAACAGUUUUGCCACAGCAUAAUUCAGUUCGUAAGCUUAAGGAGUACUUCAAUGACUGCAUACACAGAUUGGAGCCAACAGAUCCUUAAUAUG